AUGCCUGUAAAGAUCAACGUAGCGGCUGCGCCAUACAUAUCUUCGCGUCUCGCAGUUCCUCCCUCGCCAUUCUCUCCGGUGACUCCUAUUACACCCUUCCCUAUCAAGCGAACUUACUCUGUGACUGUGGAUAUCGAUUUGAUCCAACAUCUGCCUCCGCCCACAAGGCAGCCAAUGAAAUGGCUCUGGGCCUGCCAUCUCUGCAACCGCCAGUACAAUCUCUCCGUCACCCGCCGCUGUCUAGACGACGGCCACUACUUCUGCGCCGGCACAUCCAUGGUCCGCUCCCGCAAAGACGGCUUGAAAAAGCUCAAGCGCCACAAAGCCUGUUCCUCAGAAUUCGACUAUGCAGGCUGGAAGGACUGGGGCGUGUGGAAAUGCAAUCUGCUUACCCUUACCGAGCAGCAGAGGUUACUCAACACGCCCUGCGACAGCGUCUUUGAUGGGGAUGACUCUGGAGACGAUGAGUUAGAGGAGAUUUCCACCACUGCUUCCGUGGCUUCACCCACUUUUGCUGGGGUUGCUGGGCAUACUUCGUCCCGGCGUUUUGCUAAGCCUUUACGUCCGGUCAAGGACUGCUGGAACCGCUGUGAUUAUCCUUCCGAGUGUCGUUGGGGCAGGCAGUUUGGUGUCGACACGCCUUUGCAAGUGACAUUCUCGACGCUGAAUCGUGUGGCUAGUGUUGCUAAUCCGAACAACGCCUCGACCUCUGACGUCGCUGAUGGGGAGAUGCAAGAUGCAACACUGCCNAAAACAAAAUUCAGAGAUAUUCUGACGGCAGAUCAACAGCAAGUCGCCGCCGAAACCAUCGAUGGCGUUGACAUUGAAGAAACCUCUUGCUCGCAUACACAUACCCCCACUCACGCACUUGCAGAUCUUGCGUCGUUGGUGUCUCGCGCACAGCGUCGCCACUCAAGGACCGAGAUCCCUGCUUCUCCUCUUGUGGUGAGCAAUCAAAGACCAGUUGUUGCGAGGAGCUCAUCGAGAGAGAGUCUGAGAAAGGCGGUUGAGGGUGGCAUCAACGUGCUUACAGGCAUUGUCGGGAAUUGGAGGAGUUAUUCAGCGCCGCCUGUGGCAAGGAAAAGAGAGGAUGAAACAGAGGUAGAUGAUGUGGUUAUGGAGGAUGUGCAGUUGAGUGAGACUGGUAGGGGAGGAGGAAGAGUUUGGGAUGAUUGUAGGCUUAUUAGAACUGUAUGA